CAGUGCAAAAGGUCUUCGCUUUAGACUAUACGUCGCGUAUGGCAAGGUUAAGGUCUUCCGCGGCAACUAUGACAUCUACCACACAGUUUCAUACAAGAUAAUCCCAGCGAUCAAGGCCAAGUUCCUUCGCAUUCAUCCCAGAAGUUGGCGCAGUUACAUCGCAAUGCGUGUAGAGUUGUACGGUUGCCGAUACAAGGAACGUUUCUGUGACCGGGUCCAAGGACUUCAAAGAGGUGCAAUAAAGAAUGCAGCUUUCACUGCCUCAUCCCAAUGGGACAAAUACCAUGCCCCGUUCCGUGCCCGAUUGCAUGUCCCCAAACAAGGACGGUACAUUGGGGCGUGGUCUUCUCGUCAUAACAACCGCAAUCAAUGGCUGAAGAUUGACUUAGGCAGACCAACCAAGGUCACUGGUAUGGCAACGCAGGGACGGCAAGAUGCAGACCAGUGGGUGACAGCAUAUUAUGUUUACUACAGUUUGGAUGGAGUACACUUUUCUCGCGUCACUUACUGGUGGGACGUUAUAAAGACUUUUCGAGGAAAUUAUGACCGAAAUGGUGUCCAAACGCGCUCAUUCAACCCUCCUCUCUAUGCAAGAUUUAUCAAAAUCAAUCCUCGUGGUUGGCGAUCACACAUCUCGAUGAGAAUGGAAGUGUAUGGUGGGGCAUGGAGCAAGUGCGAUGUUCCUCUUGGAAUGGAAGACCGCCGUGUCCCUGAUCAACUCAUCACUGCUUCCUCUUACUACAACUACUGGGGUUCACCGAGAAUGGGCAGGCUGCAUCAGAGACGCGUUGGCACGUUUGGUGGCUCAUGGUAUGCCAAGCGAAAAGACAAACGCCAAUGGCUGAAGAUAGACAUGGGUGGACUGACCCGUGUGUCACGUUGUGCAACUCAAGGUCGUCAGAAUGCAGACCAAUGGGUAACAAGCUAUUACGUGUCCUACAGUGUGAAGGGAUACCGGUUUGUGACGUACAAAGAGUACGGACGUACAAAGAUAUUCCCGGGCAACUUUGACCGAUACGUAGUCGUAACACACCGAUUCCUUCGACCAAUAGUGGGACGUUACUUCAAGAUACAUCCGGUCACGUGGCGUAGCUGGAUCUCCAUGAGAGUAGAACUCUAUGGCUGUGUCAUUGGCCCGAGAUGUGACAAACCUUUAGGAAUGAAGAAUGGCCGCAUUCACGCUAAUCAAAUCACAGCAGCAUCAAUCUGGGACCGAAAUCAUGGAGCAAGUAAUGCCAGACUCCACUGGCGAAGAACCGGUGCUAAGACAGGCGCUUGGUCAGCUCGUCACAAUAAUCGUUACCAGUGGUUACAGGUGGAUUUCAAACGCUACAUGCGGAUUGUAAAGAUCGCUACCCAGGGACGACAAGAUGCACGUCAAUGGGUGAAGCAGUACUACGUCAAAUACAGUCAAGACUGCGCACAUUUUGCCGACUAUGAGGAGAACAGCAAUAGAAAGUAUUUUAAGGGCAACAGAGACCAAAAUACUGUGGUAAUGUACAGAUUCUAUCCACCAAUCAAAGCGAGAUACAUUCAGGUUCGCCCAUGGGGAUGGUAUGGACACAUCUCUAUGAGAGUGGAGUUCUAUGGAUGUGUUGAAGACCACUGCAACAUACCUCUGGGUCUAGAAGACAAACGCCUCAGUCCGGGGUCUUUGUCAGCGUCUACUUACUACAAUCACCACUUAUCACCAUGGCAUGGCCGACUGAACCACAGAUGGUCAUGGAGUUCUCGGCGUAGAGAUGUUCACCAAUGGUUCAAGGUUAACUUUGGUUAUAUAACAAGAUUUAAAGGAAUAGCGACCCAAGGACGGCAGGAUGCAAAUCAGUGGGUAAAGACCUACAUCGUCAAGUACAGUGGAGAUGGUGUUAGUUAUGUGCCUUACACCGAGAACAAGCGAAUUAAGGUGGGUGUUUACGAAAUAUCGAUAAUGAGGGUUGAUUUGUAG